CCCCCCCUCAAAGUCUUCCCAUCUGUAUCCAUACUAAUAGUUACCUAAAGCUAGGUGCAUUUAAAGCACCAGCUGCUGUAAUGGAGGGAUCAUAUCUUUAAUAAUCGCUCUGAUUUCAACAGCUAUUUGUACUGUCUGAAUUAUGAAAUUGAAGUAUUGCUGUCCCAUCUCACUGAAUCCAGGCCUCUGAUUGUUGGCUGGAUUUUGAUCUUUGCAGGUUACCGGCUGUGACGGGGUGUGCAUACCCUGCACUAGGCAGGAAAGGGUUAAUCCCCCACUAUAGUCAGAGGAAGCCCCACCCCUCAGACCGUGCUGGGCAUGCUCCAAAUGCUGUGCUAGUAUAAAAGGAGAGCAGCUCAGCUCACUCUGGUCUGACUACUGAGGAGGAAGGAUGGCUGGUGGAGGCUAUAGUACAGCAGCUGGAGAGCCUGAGAUCUAGACCAGAGACCUGUUGCUAUUCAAGUCCUAGGGUUGUGCUGAGGAGCCUGGAGACCCCUGUGGACUGCAGCUUCAGGAGCCUGGCAAGAAGAAAUUUGGGGAAGCAGUACCAUGCAGUAUGAAGACACCCAUGGCCCAAGCUGCCCCUAUGAGGAACAUGUAGCCCAGUGCCACUAUUCCUCAGACCUCACACAGCUUGCCUGGAACUUGGUUGACUCCUUUAUCUCCCAGCUUCUGUUGGAGGAGCUCGUGCCAGAUGUGAUCCUGGAGACCUUCACAGAGUUUAUCAAGGAUCAGAGGCAGCAGCCACUGAAGUCCAGCAAUGGGAAAUCAUCACAGGGAGAAAAAUCCCAGCGUCAUUUAAGGGAGUCCUCAUCUGCUCUGAAGCAUCUUCCCAACUCGUUACUGGAUGAGCUCUUUGCAGAAGUUCUCAGAGAUCUGUUGGCUGAGGUCUUCAGAAGUGCCAUGAAGGAUUUUGUUGAUGACUACCUAACCAGGGCUGCCAUUUCUGACAGCAUAGAUGGAAUAGUAACUGAGGUGGUUCAGAUGGUCUUGUCUGCAUUUCUCAGGGAGGCUCUCCAAGAGAUGGAAUAUGAGGCUAUUCUCCAAGAGGUCAUUUCACAUGUCGUCGAGGAGGAUGCUAAAGCCUUGGCUCAAUCAGUCCUCCAUGACUACAAUGCCGAGAUGAUAAAGCUGCAGCAAAGCCAGAUCACAGCAUUUGCUAGCAAACAACUUAUUGACCUCUUUCUUCUGGAGCACUUGAUCGGAAUGACUAGUACGUAUCCCCCUGGAUUUUGGGGGAAGGAGCACUCCAGUGUGGUUUUACUCAGUUGGAUAUUUGAUAUUCUCAUCAGGCAGUUCUUUAGCAUUCAGGAGCAGCAGCGAACUACCUCUGAAAAUGUUCCACUGGGAGAUUUCCAUCAAAAAGCUUUUACCGAGGUGGCUUUAGAUGUUAUCUUGACAGAACUAAGUAAACUGGCAGAGGAAGACAUGGAAGAUCUGCUGGAAUAUGAAAGAGGCGUUCAGACAGGACUGAAGAGAAUGAACAGGCAGCACUGGAGUUAUGCAGGAUCAUUAACACGCUUAGAACCGGAGGAGCAACAUGGGUCUCAAAUGGAGUUGCAAGAGGGGCCGAGAAGGAGUUUGAAGGAGUAUUGUUCCGAGUCACAGAGGGAGACGGCGCAGUGGAGAUGAACCUCGUCGUAAUCCCCGAUGAACUUGAAGACGGUGACGUGGAAGCGACAGCUCCUGCCAUCCAAGGAUCCCAGAGCCUUUCCACCAGUAAUUAAUUACGCCCCGCGACAUUCCGGAAGCGCUGCGGGGUUACCCAACUCGCCCUCGUCAUACAAGGAUUCAGGGGUGGAAGCAGAUGUACAAUGUGUUCUGUUCCCAACCAUGCCACUAUCCUGAUGGCAUAGAAGUGCCCACUGGCUCUGCAUGCCCAAUCUGCAAUACUUGGGGCUCGAUUUUCAGAGGGGUAGAACUCACAGGCUCCCGUAAGUUCAAUAGCAGCUGGGUGAGCUCAAAACUAUCUGAAAAUCAGGCCCUCCUGGAUGUCUUGAGUUGGGCAUCCAAAUUAGUGGACACUCAAACAUUUAAUCCCUUCUCUUUUGUGCACCAAUUUCUGCAUCUGCCAUAUGAGGGUAAUGCCGCCUUGCCAAACACCUAAUCACUCCUGGAUGAAAAGUGCUAUCUAAGUGCAAAGCUUUAGUUAUCAACUCCAGAUGCAGGUGGUAACAUAUUAAAAUUGUUAGAAUUUCUCCCAUUAAUAAUCCACAAAUGGGCCAACAUUUAACCGGGUAUACUGAUAUCUGCAAACAUCUGCCUGCCUAGGGGAUAGCAUGGAGCCCAAGUUCUCCAUCACUAGAGGCAGUGCUAGACGUCCAACUGCAGCCUUCUUCUAGGUUCUUAAACUGUGCUCUUCAGCAUGACACUUGAGCACCUCUGGCCUUUCCCUUAGGAUGCUAGGAAUAGCCACAGAGGUACAAAUCAAUGGUCUUUCUCUUUUGGUAUUGAACAGCAGACUUUAGUGUAUGCAUCAGAGGAAGAAAUAACCCUCCUGUAAUGUUCAUAGGUUCAGAUCAUCUGGUGCUUUACACCAACCAAUGAUUUUUAGAUCCCCAAAGAAAAGCAAAACAGAGAGAAAAAUCUUGCCAGAUGUCACUGACCCUCCUU